AUGUCUCCUACAAGCCCGAAAACAAUCGCCAUAAUCGCCGGGGCAGGCCCAGGCACCGGUGCAGCAAUUGCACGCCGCUUUGCCCGCGGGUAUCCCGUCGUGCUGUUAGCACGUUCCCAAGCUUCACUGGACCCAUUAGUUCGCGACAUUCAGAAAAAUAAUGGGUCCGCGCUAGCUUUCCCAACAGAUGUGACAGACAUUUCGAGUAUGAACCGUGCUGUAGCUGAUACCAAGGCACAAUUGGGCAAGGAUGUGCGCGUGGCCGCGGCCAUCUUCAAUAUGGCCAGCAAAUUUAGCCGCAAGGGGUUUCUGGAUUCACCCCCGGAGGAGUACUUGGGGAGUCUGCAUACUACCGUCAAUGGGGCUUAUAGUUUCAGUCAAGCGGUGUUGCCGUUGAUGCUUGGCUCUGAUUCCAGUGAGCAGUCGCAUCCGCCAACUUUGAUUUUCACUGGAGCAACUGCCGCCCUCAAAGGAGGCAAUGGACUUGGGUCAUUCGCCAUGAGCAAGUUUGCCGUUCGAGCCAUGGCACAGUCACUAGCCCGCGAAUUCGGACCCAAGGGUAUCCAUGUGGCGCAUGCUAUAGUAGAUGGCAUCAUUGACACGGAACAAACAAAGGGCUUCCACGAGGAAAUCCCUGGGUCUAAGAUCAGCCCAGAUCAAAUUGCGGAAGCAUAUUGGUAUUUGCAUACGCAGACGAAGACCUCGUUUACGCAUGAGUUAGAUCUUCGGCCUUAUUGUGAAAGCUGGUAA